GUGAGCGCCGGCGGCUUUGGGGAGCCGGCGGGUACCGGAGCCAAGCAGCCUGUGACCUGGCUCUGGCAUCACCCUUCCUGCACUGACACUCCGGCAGAGCACGAUGGCGAGCGGCCCCCGGAAGGAUCACGGUGAGUGUCACGCAGGCCAGGGGACACAGGAGCACAUGGGGGAGCCGGAGCUGCGCCUGGUACUCGUCGGGAAGGCCGGUGGAGGGAAAAGCGCAACGGGGAACACCAUCCUGGGGCAGGCGGCCUUCGAGUCGCGCCUGGCGCCAUGGGCGGUGACGCGGACGUGUGCCCAGGAGAGCCGGCUCUGGCAGGGCCGCAGGGUGGUGGUCACCGACACCCCCAACAUGUUUGACUCACCGGAGCACAGCGCCCGGUCCUGCUACGAGCUUGCCCGCUGCCUGCUGCUGUCGGCGCCGGGGCCGCACGUCCUGGUGCUGGUGACCCAGCUGGGCCGCUUCACGCAGGAGGACGAGGAGGCCGCCCGACAAGUGUGGCAGGUGCUGGGGCACGAGGCUGCGAGGCACACCGUCAUCCUCUUCACCCGCAAGGAGGACCUGGGGGGCAGCUCCCUGCAGCACUACGUGGCGCACCCCAGGAACGCCGCCCUGUGGGGGCUGCUCCAGGCCUGCGGGGGACGGUGCUGCGCCUUCAGCAACCGGGCGGCCGGCGCCGAGCGCGAAGCCCAGGUCGAGGACCUGAUGGUGCUGGUGCAGCAGGUGCUGGAGGAGAACCAGAGCGCCCAUUACACGAACGAGCUCUACUCCCAGGCCACGCGGCUCCUCAGCUGCAACAACGUGGAUUUCGAAGAGAAGUGCAAGCGCCUCGCGAAGCAAGUGGAGCAGCAAUUGCAGGGCCAACAAGGAGCAUCAAGAGACGGGUGCCUGGGGUGGCUCACGCGGUGUGUGCAGGGGCUGCGGUGCACACGAUGCAUGUGGUUCCUGUGCUGCUGCUGCCGCUUCACCAGGGCAGUGGUCCUGUGCAUUGUGCGCUUUCUGUGUGUGGCCGUGGCCAUCCGGCGUGUCUACAUGCUGCCCGGGGUCGGCGGGGGCUUGGAGAUGAGGCUGAUCCUGGCCGGGAAGGCUGGGGAGGGGAAAAGCGCCACGGGGAACAGCCUCGUCGGGGAACGUGUCUUUGAGUCCAAGCUGUCCACCAAGCCAGUGACCACAAGCUGUGAGAAAGCACAAGGGCACUGGGACGGCGAGGACUUCACGGUGGUUGACACGGCCGACAUUUUCAACCCAAGUGAUGCCAGUGAUGAGGUGCACCAAGAAAUUAUCCGCUGCAUCAGGCUGUCCUCCCCGGGCCCCCAUGCGCUGCUGCUGGUGACCCAGCUGGGCCGAUUCACCCAGGAGAAGGCGAAGGCCGCAGAGAGACUGCAGGACAUCUUUGGAGCUGAUGUUUUGGGGCACACGAUCGUCAUAUUCACCCGUGCAGAAGAGCUGGCGGGGGGAUCUCUGCACGACUACGUGUCCUGUACUGACAACAAAGCUCUCCGCGAGCUGAUCCAGAGGUGCGGGAACAGGUACUGCGGCUUCAACAACCGGGCAGCUGGAGCCGAACGGGACCAGCAGGUCGCGGAGCUGAUGGGGAUGGUCCGCUGCAUGGUGCGGGCAAAUGGGGACAGGUACUACAGCAAUGAGAUGUACCUGGAGCCCAAUUUAACAGAAGGGAAGGUGGAGUAUCACAUGGGGAGGUACAGAGCAGGCAGGAUAAAGAAGAAAGCUCUCGCCAAAAAGACUGUGGCCACCCCGACCAAGUGCCUGCCCCAAAAUGUGGCUGUUCAGGUCUUCGGCUGCAGGGAGUGCCUGAGCCUGUCGCUGCCAUUGGAGCAUGGCAGAGAUACCACCUGCGUGAGGUGCGAGCAGGUGGAGGAUCCGAUCAGCCUGGUGGCAGAGCUCAAGGAGGAGGUGGAGAGAUUAGGGACUAUCAGAGUACAUCUCAUUGCUAUAGUACCUGUCCCCAUUCACCCGCACCAUGCAGCGGACCAUCCCCAUCAGCUCCGCGACCUGCUGGUCCCGUUCGGCUCCAGCUGCCCGGUUGUUGAAGCCGCAGUACCUGUUCCCGCACCUCUGGAUCAGCUUGCGGAGAGCUUUGUUGUCAGUACAGGACACGUAGUCAUGCAGAGAUCGCCCCACCAGCUCUUCUGCACGGGUGAAUAUGACGAUCGUGUGCCCCAAAGCAUCAGCUCCAAAGAUGUCCUGCAGUCUCUCUGCGGCCUCCUCGUCCUCCUGGGUGAAUCGGCCCAGCUGGGUCACCAGCAGCAGCGCAUGGGGGCCCGGGGAGGACAGCCUGAUGCAGCGGAUAAUUUCUUGGUGCACCUCAUCACUGGCAUCACUUGGGUUGAAAAUGUCGGCCGUGUCAACCACCGUGAAGUCCUCGCCAUCCCAGUGCCCUUGUGCUUUCUCACAGCUUGUGGUCACUGGCUUGGUGGACAGCUUGGACUCAAAGACACGUUCCCCGAUGAGGGUGUUCCCCGUGGCGCUUUUCCCCCCACCAGCCUUCCCAGCCAGGAUCAGCCUCAUCUCCAAGCCCCCGCCGACCCCGGGCAGCAUGUAGACACGCCGGAUGGCCACAGCCACGCUGCGGAGACAAAAGCAGAUGCCCAGGGCUCUGUGAUCGUCUUCAUCGGCCUUGUUACCGCCGUGGGGCGAGCACGGGAGACUUUGGCAAACCUCGCUCAAAAUCCCUUAUUCUUCUUUCAGGCUUCCCCUCGGAGUGGGCUCAAAAUGGCAGACGCUCAGAUGGAAGGACCCAAGCGGAGAAUCCUGCUCGUGGGCAAAACUGGAAGUGGGAAGAGUGCGACAGGGAACACCAUCCUUGGUAGGCAAGCAUUUGAAUCUACAGUGUCACCAGAUUCAGUAACUAAGGACUACAGUAAAGAGAAAACCUUAUUCCGUGGAAGACCAAUUGUCGUUAUCGACACUCCUGGCCUUUUUGACACCAAGAAAGCCAACGAAGAAACAGCUCAAAAGAUUAGAGAUGCUGUUCGUCACCUCUAUGGAGGGGUGCAUGCUAUCGUCCUGGUGAUGCAACUGGGCCAUAUCAGUAAAGAAGAGGAGGAAGUGGCUGAGUGGGUGACAAAGAUUUUCCAUACUGAAGCACAGAAGUACACCAUCCUGUUAUUCACCCGAGCAGAAGAUCUGGAGAAGCCAGAUGAUAUCCACGAUUUCGUGGAAACAAACAAAUACCUCAGGGGGCUGGCAGAAAAAUGUGAAAAUAGGUACAUUGCUUUCAGCAACAAAGCAAAAGGAAAGACAAGGGAACAGCAGGUUUCAGACCUCAUUGAAAUGAUUGAUGAGAUGGUAAAGAAGAACAAAGAGGCUCCGUGUUACACGCAAGAAAUGCUGGUGAAAGAUACAGAGACGGCUUUUAAAAAGUAUUGUACUAUACUCUAGUCAACAAGGGUUUGGUCAGACGGGCAUUGUUACCUCUGUUGUGCCUUUCCUGCCGUGCUCUGAAGAUCACUCUCUCCUUCGUUUCUUGACGUUUCCUCCUGUCCCGUCAGCGACCUACAUUUUCCCCUGGCCCAUGCGAUUGCUCUCCUGACAGGCUCCAAGAGUGCAAUGGGUGUCUGACGACGUGUAAUUCUCCUCUGCUGCUCUGUCUCUGCAUUGCUCUGUCACCACCCGUUGUGCUGGGAAGCCGGAGACCUUGGCUGGGUGGCAGAGAGCUGCACUGCCCUGCUCUCAGCACCACCGCGCUGACUCUCUCCUCCCUGGUGUGAAGACGCGGCAAGCUGAAAGGAACGGGAACAUCAGGACUGUGAGAUGUGCCCCCUCACAGCAGAGUUCAGCCUGGAGCGGUGCUUCUGAGAUCAAAGCCACUUGUCCUCCCUGUGGCAGCCGGGGCUCUAGGAACUUCUCUGGGGUUUGGGAGGGUUCGUGGUGCCAGUGUUGGUCCCUCUGCGGUGGGAUGCUGCUGGUGUCACUGGCUGCGCUGCCCCUGCCUUCACUGGGGAAUGCGAGUAAUUGUAUGUGAUCGCGGGGUCUACAGAAGCUCAUCUAAUAAAUGCUAAUAAAUGCUGA